AUGACCCCAAAGACACCAAUCCAGGUCGUCAAUGAUUGGCCUGGCAGCGGUGAUCGAGGAGAGCGCAAAGUCCCAACAACUCUGAUAUACAAUAGCGAUGGGACUUUGUCAUCUUGGGGCUAUCUAUGUGAUGAUGACGAUGAAACAUUGCCAGGCAAAACCCGGCGAGAUUUUUUCAAAAUCUUCAUCGAUGAAGAGACACUCGUCGCAGCUCAGCAACGCGGAUUCUCCAAUGUUCCAGAGAGUCCAAGACAGGCCCAGAUGUUUGCCACAGAAUAUCUCCACCAGGUAUAUCUCCAUGUGAAGGAGACUAUCGAGACGCAGACUGGCAAACGACACGUUGGUGGCUGGGCAGACAUGGCUGUGACGUUUCUGUUCAGCGUGCCCACGACAUGGACGCGUAUGGAGAUUAUCAACAUCUUCAAGGGCAUCAUACGAGAUGCAGGCUUUGGCGUACAAGGGCCGAGGCACAUGGCCCAGGUCGACCUCACCGAGGCUGAAGCUGCUGCUGUUGCAACGCUCAAGACAAGCCCAGUGGCAUUUCAUCGCGGCAGCUUGUUUUUGACGGUUGACGCCGGGGGAGGAACAACAGAUUUGGCGCUGAUGAUAGUUACAUCAAGUGAUCCCAAUUUUCCCCAGAUGGCACAGAUGUCUGCUGUCAAGGGAGUCGGGAUUGGGUCGACUCUCAUUGACAGAGCAUUUGUUCGAUUGAUCAUGGAGAGAUUGGCCCGACAUCCCAAUAUGCGACCCCAGCUCCCCAAUGAUUUCGCUGUUCGGUUGUCAAAGAGUCAUCAUUUCAAGAUUCUAAAGCACAAGUUUGGCGAAAGAGUUUAUAUGCAGCCCGUGUUUAAGCUUCAAUUAGAAGGCGUAUCGCAUGAGUUUAGCCAUGCUGGACUGGGCGUCGAAAACGGCCGAAUGCUUUUCACAAUGUUGGUACUCUGGGCCGAGAUUCAGUCUCUAUUUGACCUUCAGAUUGAUGGCAUCAUGAAACGAAUAACGGAGCAAUUAAACUGGUUGGCCGAACAUGGACACACGGAGCAAGUGGACUACAUGAUUCUAUCCGGUGGCCUCGGUAGUUCCGCCUACGUACGCGACAAAAUACAACAGCAGCUCAUCACCUACCCACACAUAAACGCCAUGAGAGUCGCAGUAGUGCCAUGUCACGACCCGCAGCUUGUCGUCGUGAGAGGCCUUCUUCUCGAUCAUCAGCAGAGGAUGGACACAGGAAACGUUCCCGUUUUGGCGGCACGAAUCGCUCGCUCCAGUUACGGCAUUAUUGUAAGAGAGAUGUACUCACCGGCGUCACAUUUUGACGAAGACGUCGUUCAAGACCAGUGGAAUCCCAAGAAGAAAUGGGCUGUAAAUCAGAUUCAGUGGAUUAUCAAAAAGGGAGAUGUGAUCGACCCAAACAUUCCUCUAGUGAAAUCGUUCGAGUACCGUCUUGGACCGGACGACACGACAAGACGCUGGAACGCAGAUAUAGUAGUUUCUCAGAACGAGCCAUCGUUUCUACCAAAGAGUUUAAAACACGCCGGUGUGACCAAACUGUGCAUAGUAAAGAGCAACUUGGAGGGCAUCGAACAGCACCAGCUCCUGCUCAAACAGAAACGAGGCAUCUGGUUCCGCAAAGGAUACAAGUUUUACAUUUGCAGGUUUGAUCUCCGUGUCAUUGUUGCGCCCGCAGACCUCAGAUUUGAGCUAUGGUUUGAUGGACAAAAAUUCUCCGGGAAUCAUGAGCCCGUGACACCGCAAUGGGCCGAGGCAGGCCUCAAGGUUAACCAAGAGUGA